AUGAGCUUGAAAGGUGUCUCGAAGGCCACGAUUCGGGCGCCUCAAACAUUCAAACAAAGAUUCAACAUUGGCGAAGUCACCAAGGACGCCGUAUUCAUAGACGCUGAGAGGCGUUUUCAAGAGCUAGAGAAAGAGACUAAAAAGCUACAUGAUGAGUCCAAGAAAUACUUUGACGCCAUCAAUGGCAUGCUCAACCAUCAGAUCGAAUUCUCAAAGGCUGUUGCCGAAAUAUACAAGCCUAUAUCUGGCCGAGUGUCAGACCCAGACAGCAUUAAACCCGAGGGCAAUCCAGAGGGCAUCCGAGCUUGCGAGGAGUAUGAAGCCAUCGUACGGGAAUUGCAGGCGACUCUAGCGCCCGAGUUAGAAAUGAUACAAGGGCGAGUCAUCGGGCCGGCCGAUGAGCUGCUACAAGUGAUCAAGGUUGUACAAAAGUCGAAUCUGAAGCGGCACCACAAGCAGCUAGACUUCGAUCGGCACAGGACUACAUUGAAGAAGAUCCAAGACAAGAAGGACAAGACUCUGAAAGAUGAGAAAGCGCUCUACAAAGCCGAGAGUGAGGUUGAGCAGGCUACGCAAGAAUUUGAGUACUUCAACGAUUUGCUGAAAGAUGAGCUCCCGAAGCUGUUCGCGUUGGAGAGAGAGUUCAUCCGGCCCUUAUUUCAAUCAUUCUACUACAUGCAGCUCAACGUAUUCUACACGCUACAUGAGAAGAUGCAAAACAUUGACAUCGGAUACUUCGACCUGACUAAAGAUAUUGAGGACGCCUUCGAAAGUCAGCGAGGUGAGGUACAAGAGCAGACAGAGGCACUGUCAAUUGUCCGCUUCAAGACCACAGGGCAGAAGAAGGCCCCCAAAUACGGAGGUAGACUUGCCAUCGAAGACCGCAAAUCAACCGACGCGGCAGGAAAAGGCAGACUUGCGAUUGAAGAUCGACAAUCACUAGACGCACCAAGUCGGCGGUCCACGAUGGACACGGAUGAAAAAUCGCCACCACCAUACACCUUGUCUCCAAAAGUGAAUGGAGAGACGACAGUUGCGCGAUCUCACAGCACUGGUAGCUCUUGGGGAGCAGCGGCCAAAGCGAAAGGAGCAGCACCUCCGCCUCCAAAACCGAAGCCAUCGAGGUUAAGUGGCGCUCCAGCUGCGGCCAAUCGAGCGCAAGCACUGUACGACUAUGAAGCACAAGCAGCAACAGACUUGAGCUUCACGACUGGAGAUGUGAUCGAGGUGACGGAAAAGGGCGCGACCGAGAACGAAUGGUGGACAGGGACGGUGAACGGUAGAUCAGGGCAAUUUCCCGGUAAGACAGCAUACCGGCGAAUCAAAGAAAGCGUUGCUAACUUUUCCCCAGGUAAUUACGUGCAGAUGAUAUGA